UUUACCACAUGCUUCAUUGCUUUUUGGAAAUUCCCCUGUUCGUUUUAAUUCUCCGCAACAUUUUUUUUGCUUCAUAAUUAUUAACAGCACUAAAUCCCUGCCUUUUUGACACAAUGGACGAUGAUAGAGCUGAUAGAACACUUUAUGUGGGAAAUCUUGAAGCUGGUGUGACUGAGGAUAUCCUUUAUGAACUGUUUUUACAGGCUGGUCCUUUAGUUGCUGUGAAGCGUAUGGCUGACAAGCCAUUUGCCUUUGUCGAAUUUAAACACGAUGUCUCCGUUCCCUACGCUAAAAAUAUCAUGGAGGGAACAAGACUUUUUCAAAAAGAAUUACGUAUUCAGUUUCGCUCAGGAAGUAUUCACCAACAGCAAUCGCAAUCAAAAUCUGGAUGGCAACCUCAGCCUUCACAUGGAAAUUAUGUACGCUCAAAUUCAUAUCCAAAUUUCCAAGGGCAGUCACCGCAGUAUCAACAAAAUAUGAAUUUACCACCUCAAGGAUGGUUUUCAGAACAUCAAAUGCAAGGAAAUUUUCAACUUCAUGGUAACCAUCCUAACCAAUUUUUUGAAAAUAAUCAUCAGCAAUUUAUGGACAAACAAUUUCAUAACCGACAUCAUCAGAACUAUGACAAUGAUUUCAGGAGAAGUAGUCCCCAGUACCAUCGAACAGAAAGCUUCAAUGAAUAUGAAUCUAAUCCCAGAGAUCACCAAAGUUACAAUGGUGGUGGAAACAGGUCAAGCCAACAUGGAAGAAGCCAAAAUGAACAACGAAAUUCUAGUGGAAAGAAACGCAGUCAUCACAUGCGACAUGGAAAUGAACCACAGGAGAUAAUUGAGAAACAGAUGCGCCGAAAUGCCGAAUCGGGAAUGAGGCAUUCAUCUGGCAGUAGAGGUCAUCACCAACAUCAUGAAUCACGGUCUGGUGGACACCACUAUAGGAGGUAGUCAAAGAAUUUAUGAUCUAGAAAUGAACUAAUUUAUCUGAUGCAAGAUGAACUUAACUAUAUAUUUUAAUAACACCGGUCUUCCAUUUACUUGGGUAAUAGCCAAUGUAUUUAACUUACUGUAAACAAUCACAUGUACUAUAUAUGAGUUGAAUGGCUUAAAGUACCGGUCUUUCAUUUACUUGGGUAAUAGGACAUUGAGUUGAAUGGCUUGAAAUACGAUUCAACAGUUUUUAAUGAUCCUGGGCUUUUUAUGUAAUUAACUUUUUAAUUACAAUUAAUUUUAUCAAAUACAACACUGCUUUGAUGUAUAUUGGUUUUAAAAUUUUAUGCAAUAAUGUAUUAUUUUAAAGUUUGUGUUACUCUUUGUAUCUUAUUUUAAACAAUUGUACAGCAGUUUACCAGUUUCAUUUACAAAUGACUUUUUCUUAAUAUUAAUUCAUAUUUAAUUCAAUGAAAUGAACAUAAAUAUUAAAAUUUACCAAAUAUAAUACCUGUUAUUUAUUUUAGGUUACUGUACAGUUUUCAGUCUAGCUACAGUAUGAGGUGUUUAAAUGGUUUAUUUUAAUUCAUUGUAUCAAUUCUGUCAUUGUUUUAAAAGUUUCACAUUUUUUCUAAAUUCUGUUGCUGAGCACCAGUUUGACUUUUACCUGUAAUUUAUACAUGUUUAUGAAAUGCCUUUUGCUUCUUUAGGUCACAUGACAUUUUUCAAUGUUUUUCAGAGUCUGCCUCUCUUUUCUGCUACCUAUAGUCCUACAAUUACACUGUUAGUGUUACACUCUUCUAUUCUUCAUGCCAAAACCACUACUAGUUUGCUUAAAAUUUGUUGAGACAGUCCUGUUUUAUGCUGGUGUUAACUAUGUAUUUCAGUUAUUAUUUAAACGUAACUUUUAAUUUAGUAAAUUGAUGUCUAUUAUUUAAUUGUUUUAAUCAGCAACUACCUCGGUUUGAUUAUACAAAAAGGUGAUGACAAUCUAUUAUCAUAUUCCUAAAACCUAUUUUUGGAAUAAUAUAUAUCUGUCCAUAACAUAAUUUUAAGAUUAGUGUGACAUGUACUGUAUAUGGUUUGCCCCUAUAUACAGUAGGUGGUUUACAGUAGGUGUAAUGUGACAUAACCAUGCCCAUAUAUGGAUAUAAAACAUGACAUACCUAUGUGUAUAUAUUUGCAAAUCACACAUAUUUGUUGCAUAAAACUAAAAAAUAAUGCGGGCAGAGAUUUAGUAUUUUGUGUAUAUCUUUUGAAAAUAAACCAAGGCUGAGUAUCAUAUAAA